GGCUGCGAUCGGUCAGCACACUCGCAAAUUCAAGACCUAUUGCAUGUACCAGAUGUCCGCGUGAAUGCCUUCGUGUGUUUUGGCUCUCGUAGAGUGGCCCUCUAUCACGCACUAGUCAUGUAUGCACGAGACACACACGCGAGACACACAAAUGCAUCACGCGAUGGACAUGCACAUGAUGACGAGACCGCACUUGCGAUUAUUUGAUCGUAAACUACCACACACCGCCAAAUGCAGUGAUUGAUUCGUCAUUCGUCCACUCAAGGCCUAUCUGUUUGUACUAAGCAACCACCGACACAUAAUAAUCACACAAAUCGAAACUACACGGCACCGCAUACUUGUGACUCUCUCUGUCCUCUACCAGCCAGGCACUCGCCUCUCACAAAUGUGUGUAUGCGCCCAAGUAAGGCUUUCAGAUGACCGAGCCAGCCACAGAAAGCGGCGCAUUUGCACACCCACUACAAAGUACACCCGAUCGAUAUCGAUCCGAUUGUGCGCGCAGCCACCAGGCACACAUGGACGUGUUGAUUACACGUCGUGUCUGCCUUGUGUUCGUCCGCUCACAGCAGAUCGAGUGUAUUGAUUGCCUUCGGACGACGCACGAAUGACGGACGGCCCGACACAAAAAUACCCACGGCGACUCCACAUAUAGUACACACACACGAUAACUGCGACGUCUCCGGCAAAAAAACAUCAUCCAGCAUCAGUGUUGGUCUCCAUGGCCGCCACGGCAUCAUAGACGGCCUCAGCCGACACCGACAGCGCCACGCUGUCCUUCUCGUCACUGCUCAGCCGAUGCCAAUCGACACGCAUGAGAUGGCUGGGGGGCGUCAGGGCGGCGGGGUUGGCGUCGCUUCGCCGCGAUUUGGUGGAGCUGACGGGCGACGACCCACCACUUAUGGGCACCUCAUCUGUUGCAUGGCCACAUGGGGUCUCGAUCACUGUGGGCGCCAGACUCGCGAGAGCCUCCGGGAUGGCUUCCUGCGUGCAGCAGAACGACAGCACAGAUAAGAAUAGCAUUCUCAUAGGCACACAUGGCCGUGAAUGUAUCUCUGUCUUUGUCUGACCAGCGGGCUGCCUUUCUCGAUGAGUCUUCGUUUGGCCUUGCGGAAGGCCUCAUAGAGCCCCCGCCACCCGCCGCCGCUGUGCUGCUGGUGGUGGUCUGUCGAUGCCUCGGUUUCGGCCUUCUCGAGGUCACUGUCUCGCGCCGUCCGCUUGAGGGCCGCCUGGUGCAUCUGCUCUCUGCUGACGAGCUCGUCCACCACAUAGCACAAGUUGGCCUGGAGGUCGUGCAAUGUGAUGCCCUCAGACACCUCAACGCUGACAUAGUACCCAGGCAGGCAAACAGGACAUGGGAGAUCGGUCUCAAUGCCCGUUGGCGAACCUGUCUGCCGGCUGUGUUUGGAUGACCGACACGCCACUUGGUCCAUCACCGGAUAACUUGCCGGCCUCCAAUCGAGUCGACACUGCACGAACCACCGCGACACGGCAGCAUGAAGCGGUAUGUCAAGUAUGCGUCGAUAUCGGGCAAGCGAGCUGACCUUCGCUAGAGCACUGAAUAUGUAAGACCUUAGAGAGGUCGGCAGUCCGCAUGUCCCGCAAUUUCUGCCCAACCGAGCAAACACACAUGCAGCCACGGACGUCCUGAUUCGAUCCUCCCUUGUUGUCUUGCUCACGAUGGCGGUGCUGUCGUCGGGUUUUGGCAAAUAGACAACCACGUCGCCCUUUCGACGGCCGUGCAUCUCCACUCGCUGUUGCCGCAGGCUCUGCACCAAGAAUGCAUGGCUCCACAGAAACUCAUGGCUGGACAAACCACCAGACACGCAUACACACAGACAGGAGAAGGCAUCGACGAGCAUCUCGUCAAUGGCGUGUAUGUGCUUACAAGUCGCUGGGGACGUGAGUCAGUUCGAGUCUCUCGAUAGCAUCCUGCAUGGCGGCUGACGUCAGCUGUAUGGCCGCCACCACACGAUACACCGGACGGCCGACACACGGACGGCACCGCCCUGUUACAGCAGAGGGGUCGCCGAUGGAGAGGGUCGCGCUGGACCAGUCAUAAAUGACCUUCGGUGAGACUCGCCGCCUGUUCUCCUCCCUAUGGAUCAGCCACGAUAGCAAAGGGCCCGUCACACAACCCGACAUCAUACGAGCUGAAUAGACGACAUGAGUGAAACAUGCAGAUGGGAGAGAGAAGUACAUGUGCUAUUUAUGCCCACCGAAAGCGUUUUUGCGGUCUGUGAGGGUCGCGUAUCUGUAGCCCACUUGCAGCAAGCCAUACCGACAUAUCUGCGCCACCAGGGUGCCAUAGUGCAUCAGAUUGGCCACAAUGACAACCACCACGAGGCCGAUCGUCAGCUCCAGAGAGGUCCCCUCAGACAGCAUAACAAACUGCAAUAUGAGUAGCGACAUGAGCCACACCAGUAACCCACGCAGCUCAGACAAAUUGAGAAUGUCCAUGCUGCCUCGGUCGAAUGGCCACACGGCGAGCUGCAGCACCAGACACACAGCGGCGACGACCGUCCAGCCCAGCAGCUGUUGGCGGGGCUGAGCCGUUAACUGCUGUGCGAUGAGCAGCACCAAUACACGUCUCAUGGCCAGCAGAAAAUCCCAAUAGUAGAAGCUUUUGCGAUACCCAGCAUACAGAAAGCCAACCCUUCUACGCAU